AUGCAAUUCUCAUCUGCUCUUAUCUCUGCCAUCACCGUUGCUCUUGCUUCGGCUGCCACCAUUGGACAACGUGACGAGGCCGUCUUCAAGGUCUCUGACUUCAGCGCAGGCUGUAUCCAACACAGCACCCAGUGCCUCUACCACUUCACUCUCAUCCAACCCGGUACCAUGGAGACCGUCGGUGUUGAAUGUUCCGCCCUCGUUAGCGCCUACACCAAUGGCUCCCUCCCCAACAUCGGCAAAUGGCAAGGCAAAUGCAAGGAUUCUUCCCGCACUUUCUGGGUUGUCCGUCAAAACGAGGGUCUUAAGCUCUGGGCUUCUCAACCAGUUACUCCAGCUAGCAACCAAACCGCAUCCCACCUCCUCCCAGGCACUGACUUUGAAAUGAUCAAAUACUCUAUCGGUAGCGUUGACAGCUACACUGGACCAACUGCUUUCGACUUGACCUACGACUGGUAA